AUGAAUUCACCUUCUCCACUGCUGGACUGUGGCAUCGACCAUGAGACCAUCAGCCUUGUGGUUUUAUGUCUCAACUUUGUUUUGUUCGUCCCCGCGCUUCUGCUGAACGUCAUGGCAGCCUGGAUCUCCUGGCACCUUAAGACCAAAUCCUCAUUCGUUGUGUACCUGAAGAACCUUGUUGUGGCCGACCUUCUGAUGACUUUGAUCAUCCCACUGAGGGCUGGUGACCGUCUUCCCGGGUCACCAUGGGGACUACAGGCGUUUAACUGUCAGUUUGGCAGUGUGCUUUUCUACCUCUGCAUGUACGUCAGCGUCGUUCUGAUGGGUGUCAUCAGCCUCGACCGUUUCUUCAAGAUCGUACAGCCUGGUGGGAAACUGUUUGGCCAGAGCGCCAUUUUUGGUAAGAUGGUCUCUGCGAUCGUCUGGGUAGUGCUAUUCAGCAUAAAUACCAUACCCACCAUGGUACUCACCAAUGGGAAGCCUGCUAACAACACUGCUGAAAAGUGCAUGACCAUGAAGAAUGAUCUGGGGAAACGGUACCAUAACGCGGUGACUAUUUUCUGCAAUAUGAUUUUCUUAGUUGUGUUAAUUGUCAUUGGAUUCUGCUACACGUGCAUAGCGAAGAGGGUCGUUGAGUCUAACCGAAACUCAGGGAGCACGAAUGUUGAGGGGAAUCGAAAGAUCAAAGCCCGGGUGUUUAUCGUUCUGGUGGUGUUCCUGGUCUGCUUCGCCCCCUACCACAUCACACGCAUCUCUUAUGUCCAGCAGCAGGUGGCGAACAAGAUUAACUGCUACUGGGCUGCACUGAAGAGUGCUAAAGAAAUUAUCUUGUGGCUCGCCACCACCAAUGUCUGCCUGGACCCACUCAUCUACAUUUUGCUGUGCAAAGCCUUCCGGGAGAAAUUGUGCGAAGUCAAGCAGCUUCGGCAAUUGUUUUCCUCUACAGCCCAGGUCAACAGUGAGGAUACUUCUCUUUGA